AAGACGAUGCUCCAAGUUUACAAAUAUGUCGAGGCUCACAUGAAUGGAACCAAAUGGCUAAUGCACUUUUCUUUACAUUUACUCAGGUCUUGUAUCUUUUGCUGUACUGUUUUGCGUCUAAUGCUGAAAACGUCGUUUUUCAGCCCUCUUUUAUAACCACACAUGGAUCUUCAGUCACUGCACUGUUGUAUGGAAACUCCUCAAAUAUCACCCUGAACCUGCAGACAAUAUCACCCUCAAAUGUGACAGGCAGCUUUGAUCCCCCUUCAUGUGUGCCUGGCAUGUCACAGUGGAUUCUGACAAGUGAACCCAUUGCAAAGACUACAGUUCAAGUUAAAUUAAGACUCAACCGAAGUCUUCGUUUAUGUGGCAAUAAUGAGACCGACACUGAUUGCUGUGUUAAUCCACUGUGUGUCCUGGAGACUCUUCAAGUCUCUGCUUGUGAAGGCAAUACAUCACAAGCUUCACUGGUUAUUCAGGUCAAGGUUUAUGCUCUGCUGGUUUCUGGCAACAUGGUAUUUGAUAACAAAACAAUAAUUCAAAAUCAAGUGUACAGGCCUUUGGGGGAAUGCCCUUGUGACCUUACUUUCAAUACUUGUGACCUAUGGUGCUGCUGUGAUAAGGACUGUUCUGUAGAGGACUUGAGGCUUUUUAAGUACAGCUGUCUUCCGGGACCUUUUGGUGGGCAGUUCCCUGAUCCAGAGUAUCAGUGCUCGGUGCAGUCCACUCAGAACUCCCCAGAUUGGUUUCCGUUUUUGUGUGUCACCUCCCCAUCUGAGAAUAACCCUUACCUUGGACUUUUCUACGAAGGCAACACAAUAGCCUCAAAACCUGGUGUGUCAUUUGGAGAUUCUAUUUCAUCAGCACCAAAGCAGUCAAAUGCAUAUAUUGAAGGAAGUCCCAUUUUGACAAUAAACGAUCAGUACUUUACAAUUCCACGGACACUUAAUGGGCAUUGUGUGAUCAAUGCUCCUGUGGCCUUUUUGAAAAACUUUGAUGUCAGAUGUGUAACGUUACUGCAGGCCUGUCCAACUGAGUCUCCAUUACACACAACACCUGAGGAUUUAAGAGCUGUUGUGAAGAAUGGUAUUGGUGGAAAUGCUGUUGUGGAUGUAACUGUCCAACUGGCAACUGAAUUAAAUUACUUUGUUACAAGCACUGAAACAUUUGGCUCUUCAGUCCUGGUAUGUGAAAAUGUCACCUUGGCUUUGGAUUACAACUUUUACUGGAAAGAAAAUGGCGUAACUGGGAUCACACUAACCCACACUGUCAGCACUGUGACUCUGAAUGGGAGUGUGUCAUUAACUACAAGAUACUCUGCAAAGUUUCUAAGUGGAGACAUUAUGACUGAACCCAAUUCGGGAAACCCAGGGUAUCAGGUGGGGAGGCCUGUAAUUGGAGGAAUUCUAAACACAUCAAUGGGAAAUGAUACUGUGUUAAUUGAUAGGACACCAUUUCAUCUGUGGAAACCAGUCAAUAGUGGGCUUUGUUCAACUGCUGAUAUGAGGCCUGUGUUAUUUGGUGAGAAUUCAACAUCUGGAUGUCUGCUUCCUGUCAGUCAGCAAAAUCUUACUCAGUGUAGUCUCUUGAGAGAUACUGUACGUUCUCUCCAAGAAGCUCUGAAUGAAGCCACAUUGUUUGCUAAAAAUGGACGUCCUGAUGCUCUAACUCGAGCUGACUGGCUAAAUAUCAGCUAUGUGACCCUGAAUUCCAGUGGAGUAGAAGAUUCAAACAGUUCAUGCACUGAUAUACCAUCCAAUUUACAUAUCUAUGUGUGGACUCUUGUCACAGGCUUUGUGCAUGGGAUUCCUCAAAAAGACGUCAAAGCAGUGCAAAUAAGCUAUAGUCGGUCUUCUUGGAAAGUGGAAUGUGGAGGAGGGGACUCUGCAAUGUGUAUGGAACCAGCAGAAACACAGCUGUUUCCCAUCACUUCUUCAGUCACAUUUAUUGAUAUUCCUUUAAACUCUGGACCACCUAAAACCAGAUAUCAAAUAAAUUUCACUGAGUAUGACUGCAACCGAAAUGAUGUAUGUUGGCCUGAGCUUGCCUUCCCGAUUACCAGAUUUUACACAGGUGAGCCAUACUCCCAAGCUCUGGCCAAAGGUCUUAUUUUGGUUUUCUUCUUUGUUGUUGCUUCUGUACUUGGAACUCCUUGGCGGCAAAUUUGGCAGAUAUGGAACACCAUUUAAGAACAUUUAUACCCAAAAUAAUGAUUUUGGGUAUAUGCUUUUCUGUUAUUUAUAUAUUUUCUAUCAGACAUUUUUUAAAUAAAUGCUUAUGUUUAAAUGCU